UAAGAUUGGGCCCUUUUAAGAGGCUUAAAACCCUAAAACAAGGCCAUUUUGCACAACCAAACAAAAGAUAGUGCUCACAUGGGCCAUCAUCUCAAAAGCAUAGAUUCAUUACACAGAUCCGCGAGCUGAGCAGAACGUUCGAGAAAAGCCUGGUUGAAUCUCCUGCCAUUUAUUCAAACAAACAUCAACCAAACUUCCUCUUUCCUCCCUCUGUAAUUCAUAAUCUUCACGAAGCUUCCUCCGAAAACAGAUUGAUAGAGGUUUCAUCAUAGAUCCAUUCCUUUUCCAUUUCAGCAUUCAAAUUUCGCGUCAGGCGUUUGUUUGUUUGAAUCAGAUAUUGUAUUCUUGGUGAUCGGGAAGAUUGGAACAAGCUUUUCUUUAUUUGCUUCGUGAUGGAGAAUGGAGGAGCUGUUUCGUCAGAGACCCAACAAGGUGCGUCCUACACUUAUUGGGUUAGGGAAACGCGCCAAGAUGCAGCUCCACUUCCUGUUCCUCGCAAGCUUUCUGCUGAUGACAUUCUCGCUUCUCAAGCGUCUCAGCCUCCUACACUUGGCUCCGUCUGGAAUCGGGCUGGAACUUGGGAGGAGAAGAACUUGAAUAAAUGGGCAAGUGAUAGAAUGAAGGAGUUGCUAUUGUCAGUGGCCUCCUUGGAGUUCUCCAGUGGUAAAGCAGAAAUAGCAGAUGUGUCAAAAUGUGUUGGGGAUGCUUUUUUAGUGACCGUUCGUAACAAGAAACGUGUUGGUUAUACUUAUGAAUUGACAUUGAAAAUUAAAGGUGAGUGGACUAUAAGACAGGAGAAGAAGACCGUGAAGGGGCAUAUAGAUGUCCCAGAAUUCUCAUUCGGUGAGCUAGAUGACUUGCAGAUGGACGUGAGACUGAGCGAAGAGGAAGAUCUUCUGGGUGAGGAUAAGUUUCAGAUUUGCCAAGAUUUGAAGCGAUUUUUGCAGCCUGUUCGUGAACAGUUGCUUCAAUUCGAACAGGAACUCAAAGAAAGAUAAUAAGAAAAGGUUAAUUCUCAACAUUAAUAUGUACCAAUUGUUAUUGUACUCCAACGGUUGAUUGGCAAGAAUGUCUUAUUGGAUACCCUUUCAAGGAUCAUAAAUUAUAUGAACAAAGACCAUAUUUUAGGGCCUUUGAGGUGAUUCAAUUGUAAUGCAACUUAAUAACUUAAUUUGUUCGGGAACUUCUUAGAUUCUUCCAAUGUUUAACAUACUUGAGCUCCAUAA